UGCUCUCAUCACAAACUGUUGUUUUCCCAGGAGCAGUUUCUGAAAUAGUCAAACCAGCCCAUCUGGCACCAACAACCAUGCCAUAGUCACUGAGAUCACAUUUUUCCCUGCUCUGAUGUUUGAUGUAGAUAUUAACUGAAGCUCUUUACCUGUAUCUGUAUGAUUUUAUGCAUUGUGCUGCUGCCACAUGAUUGGCUGAUUUCAUGAAUAUGCAUGUGUAAAGGCAUUCCUGAUAAAGUGUGUAAGAAUGUAUGCCUUCAAAAUAAGUGCUUAUUUUGUCUUUUAUCUGGUCUCAAGCUAUUACAACACCAUUUAUUAUUUCCAGAUACUUGAUGUAUAGUAUCUUGGGAAAGAUUAUUCAGGGAACGGGUGUUUUUAUUCUUGUAAAUGCCUGGAUAGGGUUUGAAUAAUGCCCUCAUUUCCUCAACUGAUAGAUUUUAUUGUGGUGAGUUAUCAGUACUGUAGUCUAGUGGGAAAUUAAGUAGAAUGCUAUCACUGUAAACAGAAUAAUCAUUUACCAGUGGGCUGUGAUAUGCGACCAAUAUUUGUCACACAAUUUUUAGACUUUAUGUAUCAAAAUACACUGAACAGCAUGAAAUUCCAACAAACUGUAUCCCCUAAUAGUCAUUGAUAUCCAAUAAGAGGAGACUCUGAAGUAAUUCAACAGUGAUAUUCUUAAUUAUAAUCUUAAAAUGGUACAAUCUAAUAGGUUGGAAAAUAUUACCUGAGGGAAUGUCAUUCAAUUCAGCUUAGUCAUAGGAAAAUGAUACGGAAGUGCUUUGUCACCCUUAUUGUGCAGUAUAUUAGUACCAGUGUGUGUGUGAACGCCCCGCUGUUUGUAUUGUCUGCCUUAUCAGUUCCUGAAAGUCCUUCCUUCUUUCUUGCUUCAAACAUGUUUGUUCUGAAGUCUGCAAUAGGAUUGAGGUUACUGAAUCAUAGGAAGGUAACGAGACAGGUAAGGCAAAAUUUCUUAGUGGCGAGGCAGAAAGAAAUAAUAGCGUCACAGUCCUGUUCAUAUCAGAUGCGCACACAGUAGAUAAAGUGUAGGAACAAAAUAGUGGACAGAAGGAGCAAGCUUGUUAGAUGACUUUAUGCAGUGAGACAGACCUGUUUGGCAAAUUUCGAAACAAAACAAUUCCACGGAAUUUGUUCCAAGGGACUUACACAGCGUUUUCUAAUCUCUAAUGGUUCCAUGCCUAUUUGUAUAGAAGACAACAAGAUGCAGGAACCUGAAGUAUUACCAACAACAAUGUCCAAUGCAACAUCGGACACACCAGAGACAUCUCUCCCUAAAGAUGCGGACCAAGUCUGGGAUACAGCUCCAGAAUGUUCCAUUUGCUUCACCGCAUAUGAUAACACUUUUAAGACACCUAAAGUUCUGCUGUGCAAUCACACGUUCUGUUUGGAGUGCCUGUCUCGCUUUGUUGCUGUUUUACCAGAACAGAAAGGCACCCAGAUUACCUGCCCCCUUUGCAGACAACCAACUUCUGUGCCUGAAAAUGGUCCACCAGCUCUGGCCACCAGCCUGGAGGUUCUGGGGCAACUACCCAGCCACCAGCAGCAGGAGGAACAUGUAUGGCUAGAUGGAAAGAGGCUCUGCUACACAAAUCCACAGACACCCAGUGAUGUUUGCAUCGACAUUGGGGGUAACAAGCAACAGAAUGAGAACAGACAAGAGGAAACAGAGACUAAUAGGAGCAUACUGGGGAGUUGCACAGGUCUGUUCAGAAGGUGGCAGCGACUACUGAUCUUCCUAUUGGUGUUGGCCAUACUGCUCAUCAUAGUCAUCUGGCCCAUCCAGUGCAUCUUCAGCCGGGGUUCGACAGCAGGCUGCUUUGAGAGGCAGGAUGAGCAUGUGACUACCUUCCCUACAGCUUCAACCAGCAAAAAUUUGUGAAUAUUUCCAGGAUUUAACUCUUCUGGUGAACCUGCAGCGAGGUUGAGUUUUGGCUUUAAAUGCAAACUCAAAGACUGUGCCAUAGACAUGUAAAGAUUGCAGUUCCCCAAUAAUGGAUUGCUACAUCCUGGACAUUGUGUACUUUGCUAUAUAACUUAAGCUGAAGUUUUUGGGAGUUUCAUCUAUAUUUUUCAUAGCAGUCUGAAAAAAAUAGAAGAUUAAUAUUGCUGCUAAAAUCAACUGAGCCAAAAAUCUAACAAACUAUUAUCGACAGAUGAGGGAUGCUUUGGUUGAAACCUCAAAUUGGAUUGUCUGGUGUAACUAACUGUUAUGAUAAAACCUCAGUCAUUUGAAGUUGCUAACUUUGCUGAUGGAAAUCAAUAUUAUAAUUCAGAUUUUGAACAAAUAUGGAAAAUAAUAAUAUAGGUACAGCAAGAGUUGCUAUAUGUAUUAUAAUAUACAGUAAAUAUACAGAAAAUGUUAUUUUGCUUGGGGCUGUACCACAGGUUGUAUGAACUUUCUAUUUCACUGUAUUUGAACUAUGAAUAAAAAACAUUUUUAAUAAAAAAAAAUAAUUAAAUAGCUACCCCCAUGGACAGGUGCACAUAAGGACAGGAUAUAUUCACUAUUUUGAAUUGAUCCGAGCAAUCCUAAGAAUGUCUGUAUUAUACACUCUACAUUAAUAUUUAUAAAUACAGCAUUUAUCCAGAAAACUCCCUCACACUAUCACAAAUAGCACCCUGUGUAAGAAUAUUAAUCUAAGACCAUGUAAAUGAGAAAGUAGAGUGUAUAGUAUAGGAUCUAGUGUUUUUACAGUUAGUAGUUUAGUUUACUUCAUAGUAAUAAUUUUAUUGUUCAAGUUGCAGUUUAAUGCUUUUAGUCAAUGAAAUUUAUUUCAUCACCUUGGUGCCAAUACAAAAAAAAAAAAAGAGUCUUGAUUUUCGUGUCAUCCUUGUGUCUUGAGUGAUGGCGGAGCCAAGUUGAGUCAUGACUCAAGCCAUAGGUUUGAAUGAUUUGUUACUAAGAAGUAUGUUCCAGAUUUAAGAACAAAUACUACUGUAAGCAAACCCAAGGGUACAUUACUGAUAAGUCAUGCUAUUUUAUUAAAUCACAAUAUUUUUCCUCCUA